AUGGAGGAAAAGAAUCACCCUCAGAUUCCCUAUCAUGAUGAUCGACCUCCUGGUUUCGUAGACGCUGUUCUUAAACCAUGUACCAGUUUACCAGAUGGUGUCCAUCUUCAAGUGAAAGGAUAUGAUUUUAACGCUGGUCUAAAUUAUGAUGCUUUGUUCUCAUCUUUUGAAUGUGUUGGAUUUCAGGCAACUCAUUUUGCAAAGGCUGAACAUGUUCUGAAUGAAAUGAUCAAGAAACGGAAUUUAAAACCUACUUCACAUGAAGAAAUUGAACUAGCUCAAGUGCUACAAGAAUUUCAUCCUUUAAAUAGACCUUUAUCACAAUGUACUAUAUUUUUGGCUUAUACAUCAAAUAUGGUGAGCUCUGGAGUUCGAGAAGUUAUACGUUUUCUGGCUGAACAUAACAUGGUUGAUGUGAUAGUCACUUCUGCUGGUGGUGUGGAAGAAGACUUUAUCAAAUGUCUGGCUCCUUCAUAUGUAGGCGAUUUUGAAAGAUGGCGUGGUCAUGAAUUAAGAGAAAUUGGUGUAAAUCGUAUUGGCAAUCUACUUGUACCAAAUAAUAACUAUGUUCAAUUUGAACAAUGGCUUCUACCCAUUCUAGACGAAGUUUUAGAAGAGCAAAAUUCUCAGAAUAUAAACUGGACACCGUCUAAGUUGAUCAAUCGUCUAGGUAAAGAAAUCAAUCAUAAAGACUCCAUAUAUUAUUGGUGCUAUAAAAAUAAAAUUCCGGUAUUUUGUCCCGGCUUAACCGAUGGUUCUCUGGGUGAUGUUCUGUUUAGUCACACUUAUCGAUCCCCUGGUUUAAAAAUAGAUCUAGUUGAAGAUAUUCGCAAUAUCAAUUUACUAGCAAUUAAUGCUCGUACUACAGGAAUGAUAGUACUAGGUGGUGGUCUUAUAAAACAUCACACAUUCAAUGCAAAUUUGAUGCGAAAUGGAGCUGAUUAUUGUGUACUUAUCAACACAGGUCAAGAAUUUGAUGGCAGUGACUCCGGUGCUAGACCCGAUGAAGCUGUAAGUUGGGGAAAAAUUAAAGGAUUAGCUGAACCAGUUAAGAUUAACGCAGAUGCAUCGUUAAUAUUUCCAAUUUUAGUUGCACGAACAUUUGUUAAACAAGUUCAGACGUAA